AUGGGGCACUACCUCAACCACAGCUACACCGAGCAUCUCGCAGCCAAACCCGAAGUUGUACCACGGAUUAACCGCGGCAUUUCUACGACGCCUCAGGCGGCAACAUUUGGCCCUGUGUCCAACAAGGAACCCUCAAGCAUCCAGCUCGGCAAAGCAUCCAGAACAAUAUGGCCGUUGGAUGACGUCGUCGCUACCACUGUGAGCCAGGCCCAACCCAGCAGAAAUGGCCUAGGCGGCCGUUGA